AUGGCGGACGCACUUUGCGGGCCGUCAAACGCUCUGCAGAACUUCCAGAAGCAUACCUCCGUUGAUCGGACCCUGCAGCAAGACCGCCUGGUCGGUCGUCAUUCUCCAGCACAGGGCUUUAGAUCGUCGCCAGGCCCAAAUGCCGGUGCACUGGAUUCUGAGUUCGAUGCCUUCCAGCAAGGUCGCCCGGGCCCGCCGCAGCCUGACUUUCAGCAUUUCCCUCCGCAGUUCGCAACGCCUCCUCCACAGUUCGGGCAUGCUCCACAAGCACCCGACUGGGCCUCGGACUUUCAGCGACUGAAUAUCACGACCCAGCCUGCGCACACCUUCCAGCAGCAGCGCCCUCAGGCAGCGAGCGCGGCGUCAGCAUGGCAUCAGGACUUCAUGAGGCAGCAAGCCACAGCUACUCCGGCGCUGGCGCUGGCGCAGCAGCAGCAGACCACAUUUGGCGGCAUGUCAGGUUACGGCAUGGGCGGGUUCGCGGGACCUUCAUACACGCAGAACAGCUUCCAACUUGGCGCACAGAUGUCACAAGUCACUCAAGGAAAGCAGGCAGUGCAGGAGCCAGCAUUUGACGAGGCAGCCUUCGAGCAGGCAUUUGCGCAGGCGCAACAAGAUGCCUUCGCCGAUGCAGAGGCAGAGGCAAAGCGAGCGCAGUCUCGAGCCAUGAACCCCGAGGUGAUGGGCGUGGACCGGCCAAGUGAGGAUCCUCUUCUUAUACGGAUACGGGAAACACGGCCAGCUGUAUACUCGGCCAUCCAAGUCUGGAGCGAAAUGGGCCUCGGCCGCACCGAAGAAGCUGUAUCGUACCUGGACAAUAUGGGCAUACUGGAGAGAAGCGGCGACCUGGUACAAGACGCUAACGAAGCAAAGUGGAUCGUCGAUUCUUUACAACGCAUCGUAAACCGUGGAGCCCCGCAAGAAGUGAAGACACGCGCAGAGGGCCUGAUUGCUGCAAUCAACCAGAGGGUCAUGUCACAAUACCCGUUGGGUGCUCGGGUACCCAUGAGUCAAGAGCGGAUAUGGCAGGACCUGGACGAGGCUGGGUACAUGAAGACUCCACAGAACGAGCUGGCCGAGCAAGAGCCCAAGCAGAAGGAGGAACAGCCAAAGAUGACCGACGAUGACGAGAUGGCGGCGACCGCCGGACGCCUGCUAGAGAGAGUUGCGGACAACACCAGUGAGAAGUUCCAAAACUCUCAGUUCCUCGAGCUCAUGCGACGGCUUCGCGAUCGAGAAGUACGAGUCGAAGGCGAUAAAAUGGUAGAGACGAACGGCCAGCUUCCCGAUGCACCUCAAAGCACAGGGAAAUCGUCCACGAUUCGAUCUGGGCCCGACCCAGUAAACACAGCAACGCCAAUCCCUGGCAUUGACCCCCACAUCCUCGACCACGCAGCCACCGACUUUGAGUUACCAGCCUACUACGAAACGUACGAAACCUCCCCUGACAAGUCUCCCGUCACAGGCGAGUCGUUGAUGGCUGACGAGAUCUCUGAUCAGUUCCGAAGUUACAACGUUAACUCGUCGUACCACAGAUGA